AUGUUUGCGAUACCUGGCGACAUCGAUCACCGAGUUCACGUUCGAGGAAUUUGUACAUCGGUUCUGGUCCUACACGACACCAAAGGAUGGUCGCCUUCCGAGCGGUUCUACGAAAGGCACUUCGUCGAGAACACCACACGCAAUCCGGACGGGCGAUACGUAGUAAGGCUUCCAAAACGGGAAGAACUUCUUUGGCAACUGGACAGCAACCACUACAACGCCACCCGUCGCUUCUACGCUCUGGAAAGAUCCCUGUCGAGGGACACGGAGAAGAAGGCGAUGUAUUUUCGAUUCAUCCAGCAGUACGUGUCGUUGGGACAUAUGCGAGCGGUCACAGCCGAAGAACUGGACGUCAAACCCCAGUACGUUUUGCCUCAUCACGCGGUGAUGAAACCGGAGAGUACGACUACGAAGUUGCGCACGGUAUUCGAUGCUUCCUGUCGGUCAAGAACCGGACUUUCGCUCAACGACAUACUGAUAGCUGAACCUACUAUCCAAGACGACAUCGUGUGCUUGAUUUUACGUUUCCGCAUGUACCGUUUCGUUGUGUCUGCUGACAUAGAGAAAAUGUUCUGGCAAAUUCUGGUGCAUCCGAGCGAUCAACCACUACUACGGAUCCUCUGGCGUGGCGACAAGGAUUCGCCACUAACGACAUUCCAGCUUCUCACCGUUACGUACGGUACCAAUAGCGCUCCAUUUCUGGCGGCUCGUACAUUGCAGAAGCUCGCCGAUGAUGAAGAAUCUCGCUUCCCACUGGCCGCACAAGUCGUUCGCAACGAUUUCUACGUCGACAAUCUGCUCACUGGGGCAGAUAAUAUUUCGGAUCUGAUCGUCGUGUGUGAUCAGCUGAUUCAAAUCAUGAGUGCAGGUGGCAUGUCGCUUCGUCAAUGGUCGUCGAAUAGCCAAGAGAUCCUUGACACCAUUCCCGUUGACCUCCGUGAAACAGAAACUAUUCUCGAACUGGAUCGGGAAAGUUUCGUUACUGCUUUGGGGCUCCGUUGGGAGCCAUCUACGGACCUUCUCUCCUUCAAGCAACCGAAGUGGGUCGGCUGCGAACGGUUGACGAAACGCAUUAUACUUUCGUUUAUUAGUAGCCUGUUUGACCCGCUGGGUUUGAUUGGUCCGUUCAUCGUCAAGUUGAAGAUUUUGCUGCAGAUGUUGUGGAAGCUGCAGCUGGACUGGGACAUUGAGGUACCAGCUGGAUUCGCACGGGCUUGGUCAGAGCUUCAACAGAGCAUACACCUCCUCAGCCAACUGAAGAUUCCUCGACAAGUUGUAGAAACGAAUGCCCAACUGGAGAUUCACGGUUUUUGUGACGCUUCGCUAGACGCUUACGGAGCUUGCCUUUAUCUCCGAUCAGUUUCGACAGGCGGUUCGGUCGCAGUACACCUCGUCACCGCAAAAUCGAAGGUCGCUCCACUUGGGAGCCAAUCUAUACCGAGACUCGAACUGUGUGCUGCACUCCUACUGGCCCAUCUCCUCACGAAGUUCUCUAACAGCGUCGAUAUCAACUGCAAGGUUUACCUCUGGUCUGACUCGACGAUCGUCCUGAACUGGCUUGCAGCAACGCCGUCGACCUGGGAAGUUUACGUCGCAAACCGUGUAGCUGAAAUACAGGAACUGACCGCACAUGCCUGCUGGCACCAUGUUGCCUCCGGCGACAAUCCCGCUGGCACUACGCACUACAUAUCCCGUGGCACUACGCUCGAUGUUCUUCUUGACAAUUUGCUAUGGUGGCAUGGCGCGCCUUGGCUGUCGAAAGCUGAAGAAGAAUGGCCACAAUCGUCGUUUGCAUCAAUACCCGCUUUCGAGAUGGAAAGACGCAAGGUUGUCGCACUUCCAGUCGUCGUAGAAGACGCCGACGUCAUCGAUCGCUACUCCAGUCUCAGUCGACUCCUUCGCGUUUCUUCGUGGUGUCAUCGUUUCGUGGAAAACAUUCGGCGAAAGACACAAGGACAGCAAGCGCAAAGUGGACUCCUAAUGCCGGAAGAAAUCGACUGUACACUGAUGCGGUUGGUUCAGAGGGUGCAGCAGCAGCAUUUCGCUUCCGAAUACCGCCGUCUGGCCAACAACCAACAAGUUGACCGCCGAUCCAGGCUUAGAUUUCUCCACCCGCGGCUGGUUGAUGGUCUUAUUCGUCUUGGCGGCCGGUUACACAAUGCGCACAUUGCGGUAGACGUGAAGCACCCUAUUGUCCUGCCUCCGAAACAUAGGCUCACCAUCCUCAUAGCCAGACAGGCGCAUCUUAAUACACAUCACGGUGGACCUGAACUACUGUUAUCCACCCUUCGCCGAAGAUUUUGGCCUCUUGGCGGCCGGAAUCUGGUCCGCAAAGUUUACCAUGAUUGCUUCACCUGCACAAGGAUGAGACCAUCACCACUGCAACAGUUGAUGGGGGAUCUUCCUGCUGUACGAGUGCAUCAAACGUACCCGUCCCAAAACGUUGGAAUCGACUACGCGGGCCUGUUUACGUUCGAACAGCGAAUACCCGACGAACCGUACUGGGCCGUUCAUUUGGAACUGGUCAACAGCCUCACAACGGAAGCAUUCAUUGCCUGUUUACGCCGGUUCAUCGGUCGUCGUGGCAAGCCCUCCAACGUCUAUUGCGAUAACGCACAGACAUUCGUCGGUGCUCACCGGGAGCUGGAAGAACUUCGACGUAGAUUCGUGUCUCAGCAACACCGAGAAGCAGUAAGCAAUACAUUUGCUGAAGACGGAAUACACUUCCACUUCAUCCCUCCACGAUCUCCCAAUUUUGGAGGAAUAUGGGAAGCCUGCGUGAAGUCUACCAAGAAUCUGCUCCGCAAGAUAAUGGGAAAUGCACACUUCACCGAGUCGGAGUUCAUUACUGCAUUGAUUCAAGUCGAAGCUCAGUUAAACUCGCGGCCAAUUACACCGUUGCCGAACAGUCCGGAUGACCAACUGGCCCUUACACCGGGACAUUUCCUGGCGGGUAGACCACUAAAUGCCACACCGGAACCCGAUCUAUCUGAGGUUCCAGAGAAUCGGUUAUCCAGAUGGAGAAGAGUGCAGAAAGUGACGCGCAAUUUUUGGAAUCGUUGGCAUAACGAGUAUCUGCAAACGUUGCAAAAACGCUACCGUUGGACAGAAGAACUGGACAACGUUAUGGUUGGAUCGAUCGUUGCACUCAAGGACGAGAAGCUACCACCACAGAAGUGGUCACUUGGUCGGAUUUUGGCAAUAAGACCUGGCCACGAUGGUCUAGUUCGAGUAGCAACAGUACGAACAAGCUCCGGGACGUCAGAUCGUGCAGUAUCUAAGCUGUGUCUACUUCCAACGGAAAUUGAUCCGGUGAGAAUUCGCCUUCGCCCGCUCGAUCCUGCGUUCAAUAAUCGAUCGGCAUCUUCAAUGGGAGCCGAUCAACGAGAAUGA